CCCUCAGACCGUCCACUUCCCGGUGUGGAUCAAUAGCAGAUAUCGGUAAAUUUUAGAGGAUUUAGAGAAUUUAACAUGGAUUUAGAGCUGAUAUUCUCCGCACAUGAGCUGUAGCUGUAGAUUUUAACCUUUAUGGAUGUUUUAGUUCUCUUUUCUGGUCAAGAUAAACCAUGUUUUCAGCCAACAUGGAGACAAAAAGAGCCGAGAUCCCCGCAGCUCUACUCGACGACCUCUGCAGCCGGUUCAUCCUCCACAUCCCCAGUGAGGAGAGAGACAACGCCAUCAGAGUGUGUUUCCAGAUCGAGCUCGCUCACUGGUUCUACCUCGACUUCUGCGUACAGAACACACCAGGAGCUCCACACUGUGGCAUCAGAGACUUCGCCAAGGCUGUUUUCCAUCACUGUCCGUUCUUGCUGCCUCAUGGAGAAGACGUACAGAAAGUUCUGGAACAGUGGAAGGAGUAUAAGAUGGGCGUCCCCACGUAUGGAGCGAUCAUUCUGGACGAAACGCUGGAAAAUGUGUUGCUCGUCCAGGGUUACCUGGCCAAGUCAGGCUGGGGUUUUCCAAAAGGGAAGGUGAACGAGGACGAGGCUCCCCAUGACUGUGCCGUUAGAGAGGUGUUGGAGGAGACAGGCUUCGACAUAAAGAACCGGAUCUGCAAAGACGUUUACAUCGAGCAGAAGAUCACAGAUCAGCUGGUUCGUCUCUACAUCAUCCCUGGAGUCUCCAAAGACACUAAAUUUAACCCCAAAACCAGGAAGGAGAUCAGGAACAUUGAGUGGUUCCCCAUAGAAAAGCUCCCGUGUCACAGGAACGACAUGACCCCAAAGUCCAAACUGGGACUUGCUCCGAACAGGUUCUUCAUGGCCAUCCCGUUCAUCAGACCGCUCAGAGACUGGAUCAGCCGACUGAAAGGAGAGUCAACGGACAGUGACGACGACUUCAACAGCAACACUCCUAACAAACAGGCCGACAAUGCUACACGGUCAAAGAGCCGUCGUCUGCCAGGAAGUGAUGCGUUUCCUCUUGAUGCAUGGAUGAAGAAGCAGCAGAAAUCUCUGGGUCAGCUGAGCCAGUUUGAAUUUAACCAGAAUGCGACUGUAAAAGGUAACGGGAAGAAGGGCCAGGACUCGCCGUACCUGAAGAAAGGAGGCGGUGAUAAUGGUGCCAGCAGCCAGCAGCUCAAAAACAUUAUAAAAGAUGACCGACGACUUCAGCCCCGACGGCUGCAGGACAGCUUUGACAGAGACUUGUCUCCGUGCGGCUCCAGCAGUCAGCAGAUUCUCUCUUCUAAGACUUUCCUCAACUUCAAGUUUGACAGAGACGCCAUCAUGAAGUGUUUCGACUACUGACACCGCUGAUGGUCAUUGUUAAAACACUUUAGAUGCUCUUUACCUGGAGAUACUGAUGGAUCAGGAGUCAGCCUCUGACUUCAUAAAACCAUCAGAGCUCUGUGAGCUCUGUCAUGAUCAGAAUCAUGGAUUUAUUCUUCUCUGCUGGUUUAUUCUGGACUUUCUGCCUUUAUUUGGAGGAGACAGGACAGAGGAUUCAAGAGGAAAUAAAGGAGAGAGUGAACAGCGCACAGCAGAGGAGCCUAACUGGAACGCCGGAUUGUCGACGGGCCGUCUGCUCGGCUCUCAGACUGCAGGAGACGACGGGCUCAGUCCAACCUUUUUAACAUUAAAAUAACUUUUAAACAUGUGAGGUUAAUGUGAGAAUAAAGCAGCAGUGAUCUCUGA